ACAAAACAAAGAAAACCUUAUAAUGUCUGCUCUCGUUGUCGUUGUCACCGUUGCUGAAGUCGCGGUCGGGCGCAUUUUCAUCGCAUCGAAGCGAGGCGAGAGCUCUUAAACGGCACGAAAUCAAUUUCCUGCCGUCGAUCCGGCACGCGACAUUUCGCUUUUCUUCUGAAUGUGUCUGCUGUCACUGCUGCGCUACUGGGGGUUUUCCCCAUUUGUUGCUUUCUUCGUUUGUUCAUGUGGAAAAAUUGCUCCGAUCCAGUUCUUGGACCCCGUCGCCGUCGCGCUAGGGUUUACCGGUCGCACUUAAUAAAAUUAUGCCCUAUCUGUAUAAAUUGUUCGCCCCGGAUCUCCCGCUGCUUCAGUUGUGCUCAGACAAUAAACAGUUCCGGACCCGGGUUCCGCCUCAGGCAGCUGCUCAGUUUGAGAAUCGAGAACGAGAAUCAAUAGUCGAGAAUGGAGAAAUCAUUGGUGGGACUGCUUCUGGUGUUGCUGAUGGGAUUGGCUCUGCCAGUUGAGUCGAAAGAUGCGCUCAAAGACUGUCUCGGCGUGAAGAACUCUAUGUACUGUUUCGGUACAAAAAUUGUGCAAAAUGGACUCAAGCGAUUGGCCAGUGAAAAAUCUUUGCAAAUUAUGCCAGGACUUGAGAUAGUGGAGGCUGCGCCUCAAGGAAGUGCCGAGGAAGGAUACCGGUCAUACAAUGAGAUCAACAACGAAGAAGAUACGGGAGUGUUGGGACGGGUCAGCCGGUAUUUGGCCAAUCAUGAACUGAAGGUGAACCUUGGGGAAAUGAUGCGAAAGAAUGAUCUCCAGAAUGUGCUGAGAACCAUCCAGGAUGAUAUGGUGGGCGAAAUGGAAGAGGCCCGCAAAAAGGACAAGGGUGGUAUGGGAGCCAUUCUGAUGAUGGGAGUGAUGAUGAGCAAAAUGUUGGGAGCGCUCGGCUUCGGUAGCGUGGCCAUGCUGGCCAUGAAGGCCCUCGGCGUGUCGAUGAUGGCCCUGCUGCUGUCCGGUAUUCUGGGACUGAAGAAACUAACGGAAGGAGGCGGCGAUCAUAAGGGCCGUCACAAUCAGGACGUCGACUUCCAGGUGUUUUCCGGCGAUUCUUCCUCGGGAGGACACUACGACAGCCCCCAUGAUGACUCCGGCCAUCGAAGGACGUCCAGUUUGGCGUACCGAGGGUGGAACGAGGAGUAUAAGCGGCUGUGAGAAGCUGUUGGGUAAGACUGGAAUGCUGCAUCGGACAGUAUUGUGAGUUAUCGUGAGGAUUACUGAUAUUUUGAAAGAUUGUUAUUUAUUUUAGAAUAAUUUUCGACAUUAUUUAUUUAUCAACAUCAA